AUGCAAACAACUUGCUCUCAGUUCUGUCAGCUGAAACCCAGAUCUCCGCUCACAAGUUCAGAGCAGGAAAGCGGACAUAACACAGCAGCUUCAGCGAAAAUACAUUGUAGUAUCCAGCAAUGUCUUGGAAAUCUGGCACCAAAUUACUAAAACCAUAAACUCCAAGAUAAUGGGUGGCCGCCUGAAGGAUAUUUAAAAACGGCAUCUCUUCUUUUGCUGAAACCCUUGUUCUUUAUUCCAUGUGACGCGACGCAGGAGCGAUCCAUCUCUCAGCAUAGUCUGUUUGAAGUGGAUCAUGCCACCUAGAUAGCAACCUCGUCCUCUCCACUCCCCUCCCCCCCGCCCCCUUGAUCCCUUCCUAAAUAAUCUGGGUCCGAGUCCACCACUGCCACCCCUGUCAACGCAGCCACCAUGCCCCCAAGGAAGAGGACAAGGCCGGGUCUGGGGUUCUUGUGUUGCUUCGGCAGCAGUGAACCCCCCGAAAUCAACCUAAAGGACAGCGUGCCCUUGCAGCUGCUGGAGUUCAGCGCCCCCAUGCCUCCUGCCGAGGAACUGCAUGCUCGCUUCUCAGAGCUGGUGGACGAACUGGAUCUGACUGAUAAGAACAGGGAGGCCAUGUUCGCUUUGCCCGAUGAGAAGAAAUGGCAAAUCUAUUGCAGUAAAAAGAAGGAACAAGAGGAUCCCAACAAGCUAGCUACAAGCUGGCCUGACUACUACAUUGACAGAAUCAACUCCAUGGCUGCCAUGCAAACCCUGUUUGCGUUUGAUGAGGAGGAAAUGGAAAUGAGGAACAAGGUUGUGGAAGAUCUGAAGACAGCACUUCGGACUCAGCCAAUGAGGUUUGUGACACGCUUUAUUGAGCUGGACGGCCUCACUUGCCUGCUCAACUUCCUGCGCAGCAUGGACUAUGAGACCUCAGAGAGCCGUGUCCACACGUCUGUCAUCGGGUGCAUCAAAGCCCUCAUGAACAACUCCCAGGGCCGCUCGCAUGUGCUCGCUCACCCGCAGAGCAUCAACACCAUCUCACAGAGUCUGCGGACGGAGAACAUCAAGACCAAAGUGGCGGUGCUGGAGAUACUUGGUGCAGUGUGUCUUGUCCCUGAUGGACACAAGAAAGUGCUGCAGGCUAUGGCUCACUACCAGAAAUACGCUGCUGAGAGAACUCGCUUUCAGACACUUUUGAAUGAGCUGGACAGAAGUACAGGACGCUACAGAGACGAGGUCAACUUGAAGACGGCCAUUAUGUCCUUCAUCAACGCUGUGCUCAACGCUGGAGCGGGAGAGGACAACCUCGAGUUCCGCCUCCACCUAAGGUACGAGUUUCUGAUGUUGGGCAUCCAGCCGGUCAUUGACAAGCUUCGAGAGCAUGAAAAUUCCACUCUGGAUAGGCAUUUGGACUUUUUUGAGAUGGUGCGCAACGAGGAUGACUCUGAGUUGGCUAAAAGGUUUGAUAUGACCCAUGUAGACACCAAGAGUGCCGGUGCUAUGUUUGAGCUGGUUAAAAAGAAGCUGAGCCACACAGACGCCUACCCACACCUCCUUUCCAUCCUCCAACACUGCCUGCAGAUGCCCUAUAAGCGUGGUGGAAGCACCAUGCAUCACUGGCAGCUUCUCGACAGGAUCCUUCAGCAAAUUGUCCUACAAGAUGACAAGGGGGAGGACCCUGACAUUGCCCCUCUGGACAACUUCAGUGUUAAAAACAUCAUUCGCAUGCUGGUUAAUGAGAAUGAGGUAAAACAGUGGAGAGAUCAGGCUGAGAAAUUCAGAAAAGAUCAUGUUGAGCUACUUGCCAAAUUGGAGAGGAAAGAGCGAGAGUGUGAGACCAAGACCCAGGAAAAGGAGGACAUGAUGAAGACUCUGAACAAGAUGAAGGAUAAGCUCCAGCGUGAGGGUGUGGAGCUGCGCUCAGCCAGGGAGCAAGUCCUGGAUCUAUCAUCACGCAUCAAUGACAUUGCUGGUGGCAGUGUGUCAUUCCCGCCACCUCCUCCCCCUCCAGGCGCACCUGUGGCUCCACCUCCACCCCCAAUGAUGGGUGGCUUCCCUCCACCUCCUCCUCCUCUGCCUUUCAACUGCCCACCGCCGCCCCCGCCGCCACCACCCCCACCUGGCAUCCCACCCCCUCCACCAGGAGCCCCGCCCAUUUUCGGAGUACCGCCUCCUCCCAUUCCUGCAUCUUUCAGUUCGGCAAACACGCUGCGCUCCAAGUCCAUCCCUCAACCUUCUCAUCCGUUGAAGUCCUUCAACUGGGCUAAACUUGGCGAGCAUAUGGUCAAUGGUACCAUCUGGAGUGACAUUGAUGACCUAAAAGCCUUCAAGAUCCUCGACCUCAAGGACAUAGAGAAGAUGUUUUCAGCCUAUCAGAGACAGCAGGACCUGCUCACUAACCAAUCCUUCAAGCAGAAGGAGACAGGUUCUAUGGAUGAUUUAUAUGUAAGCACAAGGAAAGUCAAGGAGCUGUCAGUCAUAGAUGGCCGACGUGCACAGAACUGUGUCAUCCUUCUUUCAAAAUUAAAAAUGAGCAAUGAAGAGAUUAAGAGGGCAAUCCUAGAAAUGGAUGAACGAGAAGAGUUGGCCAAAGAUAUGCUGGAGCAGUUGCUGAAGUUCGUCCCUGAGAAGAGCGACAUUGAUCUCCUGGAGGAGCACAAACAUGAACUGGACCGCAUGGCCAGAGCAGAUCGCUUCCUUUAUGAAAUGAGCAGAAUUGACCACUACCAGCAGAGACUGCAGGCUCUGUUCUUUAAGAAGAAGUUUGCAGAGCGCCUUGCUGAAACCAAGCCAAAAGUGGACGCCAUCCUGAAUGCUUCCAGGGAGGUGGUCCGAAGCAAGAGGCUUACUCAGAUCCUGGAGGUCGUGCUUGCCUUUGGCAACUUUAUGAACAAGGGCCAGAGAGGAAAUGCGUUCGGGUUUAAGGUCUCCAGCCUCAAUAAGAUUGCUGACACCAAGUCAAGCAUAGACAGGAACAUCACCAUGUUGCACUACCUGAUCAUGAUCUUUGAGAAGAACUACCCCGACACGCUACACAUCCAGCUGGACCUCAGUAGCAUCCCAGAGGCUGCAAAAGUCAAUUUGUCAGAAUUAGAAAAAGAGGUGCACAGUAUAAAAAGCGGACUGAAGGCUCUUGAGGCGGAGCUGCACUACCAGCAGCAGAGCAGAACGAGGGAACGUGGGGAUAAGUUUGUGGCUGUAAUUGGUGACUUCAUCACCGUGGCGGGCUUCAGCUUCUCUGAACUGGAAGAUCAGUUGAGCGAGGCCAAGGACAAGUUUGCCAAAUCUCUAAAGCACUUUGGGGAAGAAGAAGGAAGAAUGCAGCCGGAUGAGUUCUUUGGGAUUUUUGACACCUUCCUGGGAUCGUUCAGCGAAGCCCGUCAAGACCUGGAAAACAUGCAACGCCGCAAAGACGAGGAGGAGAGGAGGGCACGCAUGGAGGCUAUGCUGAAGGAGCAGCGGGAACGGGAACGUCGGUCUAAGAAAAGCGGGGCCUCAGACGAGGUCGGAGGGGAAUUUGAUGACCUGGUGUCGGCCCUGCGUUCUGGCGAGGUUUUUGACAAAGACCUGAACAAAUUCAAAAGGAACCGCAAGCGCUCCGUCAACCAGCUGGUGGAGGGAGGUGGGCGAGAACGCGCUGUCACCAAGGUCACCUACUAGGGCGGGAAAAAAAACAGAAAACGCCUGCUCAGGUCAGCCCUGAUGUGGACUCGUUUGAUGUGACCACACGCCAUGUGCGACCUGUCACUCCUGGACGUUAUGUGAUCUUGUGAUCUGGACGCGGGGCAGGUGGGAUGCUGGGCACAGACCACUGUGACACAUCAGGCCAUGACUUUUGACCACUGUGCUUCAGCUUCUCGCCAUUCGUCACUCCGGUGUUCCUCACCGCUUCUUCCCGACAAAACCCUCAAGUUUGAUGCUGGUGCUUUGUCACGGUCAGUCGCUCUGCACAUAUUGUAUGAAAGCGAGAACGUGGAUUGGAAAUGGCUUCUGAAGCCACAUCUCCACAUCUGGAAAUGAUAUGGAAGAUCUCCAAAAAUGCAACCUAGGAAGGAUACGACCGGUGAUCACGUGUCCUCCAUGUCUUCUAAUUGCAGCAUUAAGGUGUCCACUUCCACAGCGUUGUUCUGGCAUCGACCAGUGCCAAAACAUGUGCAUGAGCUAAACUGCAACGGGUUGUUUUUGAAGGUUUUCAUGUCAUUUUUGUUGGUGCUCUACUAGUUAAUUUCUACACAUUUUGCGCUUUACAUUUUGUCUUGUUUGCACUGCAGCUUCUCUUGUCUUAGUGAAUGCUCAUAGGCCAGCCUACAAACGUGUAGCUGUGUGUGUUCUACAUGCCUACAGGUCCACAUGCCAACAAACAUGAUGAAGGAAAUGGCUUUUUUUUCAUGUUUACAGCUCUCCCUGCUCAGCUUUAUUAUGGCUAAUCUACAGUGUUUAUUACACUUAACUAAAUUUAGCCAUCAAUCCAGUCAAUCCGCCAAGACCAGCGUUACUUCCACUUAAACUGCAGUAUCAUCGGUAUUUCAGUAUUACAGACGCUUGUUUGUAUGUCAACACAUGUAUUUCAUAAGCGCAUCGAAUGCUGCGACAACGUGUGUUGGUUAAAGGAAGCGGUGGUAGAGAUAUUUUAAUAUAUGCAUUUCUAAAAAUCUUAGUACACGUGACUAAUGCUGCAAUGUCUUUAUGUUAACACUAGAGGGCAACAUGGUGCAGAUUCCUUAAAAAUGCAAGCAUUUUCUACUCCCAACAAUUCCUAACAGCUGUAACUUGGCAUAGAAAAUAUUUCAUUUGGCUGCGAUCUGAUUUGCACAGCUUGUAAUAAACAGAUACCAGUACUGCAAUACUGCUUCCUACACCUCCCUUAGCACUUGAUUCAACAAGCACUUGGUGUUAAUUCCUCGUAUAGUUUAGCGAUACGUUGAUUGAAAACACCACUUGUACAUGUUUAUAUGAUGACUCACACACGUAUGUUGUGAUGUUUGUCCGUCGUCGUACCACAUACUCACCCGGAAGUGCCUCUCUGACCCUGAGUUCACACAAGUACCAUUCCUCAUUCUGCAUGGUGCUGCUAAUGUAUGUACAGUACUUGGUGGUGUUUCAAAAUGGCUAAUGAACAUGGCGGUGUACAUUUUCAGCUCUGUAGCCUGAUCCCAGCCCACACUAUGUUUCACUUUUGUGUCCUGAAACGGGGGGGAAGGGGUGUCCCACCCUUGUUUCAUUCAGUUCUUGUUACUUCAAGCUUGCAAAAUACGGCAACACAGAGAAGAUCUUUAGGUUUGAUGAACCUUAAAGUUGAGAAAUGUUCCUAAAACGCCACCACUUUAACCAGCAUUGUUUGUAUAUUUCUGCUGGUCUUUUUUUCCUAACCUCCUUUAUCUCUCCAGAUAUACUGUUAGUAGCCUAUAUCAAAACGUUGGCACAACCUUUAAUCCAGAGCUUUAACCCAUAUUUUAGGGCAACUAUUUACUGAGGGGGGGUUUGCAGCAUUGUCAGUAUUAUUAUUAUUAUUCUGUUUGUUUUGUUCCUUGUUUGGAUGUUUUUUAUUAGGCCAUUGACUGGCUGAUUUUGGAGUGUAACGAUGGAAAUCAAGAGAAAUGAAAUUAGUAGCUUUUUCAAUGCACUUUUACUAUGGGACAUUUCCAUUUGCAAACAAUGUUUGGAGGUUUUAGACUUCUUUAGACCAAGAAGGGUGCAGCAAAAUAGUGGUGUCAAAUAUUAAUUUAAAAAAAAAAAAAGAGGAAAAGGGCAAGUGAGGAUUGGGAAUCCGGCUGGGCCGCUGGGGAAAAAAAAAGAUACUGAAUGGAAGUGAGGGAAUAGUGGGAAAGGACACUGACGUACAUGUCUGUGUUAAAAUGAGGGAAUGUUGGGUUUUCUGUCCAAAUGUGCACUUUGGCAUCAACCUGCAUGCCCGAAGAAGCGUGCACGCAAUGUGACGUAAUACCUUUUACAUAGGAAAUUGCUUGCGGUAUUAAAAACACGCUUGUUUCACAUCACUUUGUACUGCUUAAAAAAUGUUGCACCCCUUUUUUGGAGCCUGUAUCCUUAUGAGGAGUCAGUAUUUUUACAGUUGGGGAAAACAAAACAAAAAAAGUACCUUUCACAAAAAGAGGUGUAAAAGUAUUUUGUACACCAUUUUUGAUGUUUCAGAUCAAAUUAAAACACCAGUAAAAUAUUGAGGAAUGUUGCAUUUUCCUGUAAAUUGUACCUCUAUUUAUUUGCCUUAUUUAGUUUGAUAUAUUUUGUAUGUACACACAGCAUUACAAAAAGGAUAUAUUAAAAAUAUGAAUAAUAAACUGUGGUCCGUGUACGGUGGAUAGUUUUGACACUUAAUUUUUUAUAAUUUUUUGGUUUUGUAUUUUUCUCACCCUGUGUCUUUGUAGGGUUAAAAUAAACUCUGGUCCCUUGCAAUGAUUUCUUUGUAAAGAAUCUUGAGGGGAAGAAAAAG